GCUCAUGGUUUUUCAGCGACCUUUGUGCUAAUACAACAGUUGCAAGGAUGUUGAGGGCCGUGCAGCGUGCGUGUUCGUCGGUUCUAAAAGCAUCGAAACCGGCACCGGUCAACCUUGCAAAGGCACAAGCCGGUGUAUCAGGACGAUGUUUGCCAAUUCUCUACGCCGCCGACAAGAGGGGCGUUGCCGCUCAAGCCCAGGCUAAGGCUGGCACUAAUGGACGUAUUGUGGCCGUCAUCGGUGCCGUCGUCGACGUGCAGUUCGACGACAACCUGCCGCCUAUCCUGAACGCUCUCGAAGUGGAGGGCCGCAAGCCCCGUCUCGUUCUCGAAGUGGCCCAACAUUUAGGAGAAAACACCGUCCGAACUAUUGCUAUGGAUGGUACCGAGGGCCUGGUGCGUGGACACAAGGUUGUUGACACUCAAUCCCCCAUUAAGAUUCCCGUCGGCCCUGAAACCCUUGGCCGUAUUAUGAACGUCAUCGGUGAGCCCAUUGAUGAAAGGGGCCCGAUUAAUACUGACAAAUUUGCUGGUAUCCACGCCGAGGCUCCUGAAUUCGUGGAGAUGUCCGUCGAGCAGGAAAUUCUGGUAACCGGCAUUAAGGUCGUCGACUUACUCGCCCCAUACUCGAAAGGUGGUAAAAUUGGUCUCUUUGGAGGUGCCGGUGUCGGCAAAACUGUACUUAUUAUGGAGCUGAUUAACAAUGUCGCCAAGGCCCACGGAGGUUAUUCGGUGUUCGCCGGUGUCGGCGAACGUACUCGUGAAGGUAAUGAUCUAUACCACGAGAUGAUUGAGGGCGGUGUUAUCUCGCUCAAGGACAAGUCUUCGAAAGUAUCGUUGGUGUACGGUCAGAUGAAUGAGCCCCCUGGCGCUCGUGCCCGUGUCGCUCUGACAGGUUUAACAGUCGCUGAGUACUUCCGUGAUCAGGAGGGCCAGGAUGUGCUGCUUUUCAUCGACAACAUUUUCCGUUUCACCCAAGCCGGUUCUGAAGUGUCUGCUCUGCUCGGUCGUAUCCCGUCCGCUGUGGGAUACCAGCCUACCUUGGCCACUGACAUGGGUUCUAUGCAGGAGCGUAUUACCACCACAAAGAAGGGUUCCAUCACCUCCGUACAGGCUAUUUACGUGCCUGCUGACGAUCUGACUGAUCCGGCUCCGGCUACGACCUUCGCUCACUUGGACGCUACCACCGUGCUAUCCCGUGGUAUUGCUGAACUGGGUAUCUACCCCGCUGUUGACCCCCUUGAUUCCACCUCGCGUAUUAUGGACCCCAAUGUCGUUGGACAAGAGCACUACGACAUUGCUCGUGGCGUCCAGAAGAUCCUGCAGAACUACAAGUCGCUCCAAGAUAUCAUUGCCAUUUUGGGUAUGGACGAAUUAUCUGAGGAGGAUAAACUCACCGUCGCUCGCGCUAGAAAAAUCCAGAGGUUCCUUAGCCAGCCUUUCCAGGUGGCUGAAGUCUUUACUGGUCAGGCUGGAAAAUUUGUUCCUAUCAACGAGACCAUCUCUGGCUUCAAUAUGAUUCUCAAGGGUGAACUUGACCACUUGCCCGAGGUCGCAUUCUACAUGGUGGGUCCCAUCGAAGAGGUCCGUGAGAAGGCUGAGAAGCUCGCUGCCGAGGUUUCGACCUAAACUUCUCUUUGCAUGAGUGAAAGAAACAAGAAAUACAUUGCCAUUUAGCAGUGGAAUAGAGCAGUCAUAAGCCGGUAUCUAUGUGAAAUAGAACUGAUGGAUAUCGAAGUUCGGAUGAUUUUAGGAACAGUAAUAAGAAUGAUGAUAAUUUAAGAAAAAAAAAACGAAGAAAGAAUAAAACUGACACAUACUACUAUUCCUGUUACGGCCACAGCAACAUCAACCACAGCAGCAAACAACAGCGCCAACAUUAACGGCCCUUAACUGUGCCUGACGUUCUAAGACAUCAUCGUUCGACAUCACUGUUAAUUCAUGUAAUUAGUCUUUCGCAAAAAUUAAUUAGUCCAAGCUACCCAAUA